AUGGAAACCCCUUUCGACCAGAAAAUAAAUGUUGUAUACCUCGACGAAAGUCGCAGAACUCCUGUGCAUAGUGCUGCUCUGGAUGGUAAGCACGAACAGGUGGAAGAAAAAGUACGAGUCGCCUCUGGCCUGGAUGACCAAGAUGAACAAGAAAGGACCCCACUGCAUGAUGCGACCGAACACGGACACAGGUACCUUUGUCUGGUUUAUCUCAAAGAGAUUUAAGGUUAAGUAUCAUAAUGUGAAACGUAUGAUUCCGAACAAAUGCCACAGCUGGCGGAGCCAAACACAGUUUUCGUCCCCUUUGAUUCUGAUCAGCGAAAAUAAUACUUACUGUAAAAUCUACAGGUUGCAGUGGAUGCGUAGUUAUUAACAAGAGGGUCUUGAUGGGGUGUAGCUUUUACGGCUAACGCUUAAAAAUAUUGGCCAAUCUAUGGCUAACGGUUAAAUUUUUAUUCUUCACGGCUAACUCCAUUUGGCCGAUUGGCGGUCAAUGGUUACCGCCAUUGAGACCCUAUUUCUAAAAUCAAACGGUAGAAUUCUCAAAAAGUUUUAAAUUUAGCGAUUUUAAAAGAAUGAUUAAUUGAUAAAGGGGAGUAUAAGAAUUGACAACUGAAGUAAAUGAAAGGGCUACACUGGAAAAAAUAAAGUAAGUUUAUUGCUUUCUGUUGUAUGAGAAACGGUGGCCAAAGGGUUGAAGUUCUGGUUUCUAUCCUUGGCAUGGUUGCUGUGUUGUGUUCCAGUACAAGACACUUGCAUCUCCCACAGCGCCUUUCUCCAACAAAAGUUAUAUAUAUGGGUACCGUUGAACUGUCAGAGAAACCUGACAAAACGUUAUAGGGGUCAAGGGGAGGGGGUAGCCCGAGAUGGGCUAUCAUACCCUUCUGGGGGUAUAGCCAAUGCUUGUGCUUGCUCUAUGCUACGGCUGCCACGAUAAGUUUCGACUGACAGGGCACCAAACAUGAGAGCAGAUUUCAUCCUUAUUAUUCUAAAGGGAUAACUAAUGUUACAAGUUCCCUUUUUUCACGAGGAAUUGAAUUUGAGACCAUUAGUCUUUAAUCCACCAUUUCAACUGUUCGGUUGCGUUUUCUCUUGGAAAAAUGAAAAUAAUAUUAAACAUUGAACCCACACAAAGCGUAGAUGUUUGAGUUUUCGUUUUCUACAUGCAGGAAAGUUUGCCACACUCUGUUACAACAUGGCGCUAACUCUUCUAUGAAGGACAGAGAACACUGGACACCACUAAUGAGUGCAUCAGACCUGGGCAAGGAACAGUCGUGCCAAGAUAUACUCACUGUUAAUCCCGAGACUGAUGACGUGAAUAUGGAUGGAGAAACAGCAUUGCAUAUUGCGUGUAGGAGAGGAAAUGUGGGUGUUGUUAAUCUGCUUAUGGAUUACGGGGCAAGUUUGAAUGUUUGUAACAAAGAUGGUGUAACGUGUUUUGAGACAGCCGCCAAGUCAGGAAAGAGCGAAGUUGUGUUUGCAAUGAUAAAGCAUAAAAGGUAUGAACGAUCUCUCCAGACUGAGCUGUUAUCUACCAGUUAAACUCACAGUUUUAAUGGCAGGAAGUGAGAGACUCGACUUGCACAUGACAGCCGAAAAGUAAGAGUACAGAAGAGCGUAAGUAAAGUUGGGCAAGCUGGGCUAUGAAAACAACGGUCUCCUCUUCGUUUUGGUGCUACGAUUAAGACGUUUUUCUUGCGUUAUAUUUUAAGAUAGCUAAAAAUGGUUAAGUAAAUUUUCAAAACUAAGUCUUAGAUGGAACGUAGCUUUAAUGCCAUUCUUUCCUCUGUUUUCUUGUAUCCAUGGAAAUUUUAGACUCUUUCUCAAAUAACAGUCGUAAUUAUUUUUCUGACACAUAAGGUCACUUCAGCAGAGCCAAAGCCUCUUAGAAACACCCUUAUGUUUAACCUUAUGUAAGUUUCACCCCAAGCUUAGCUCGGUUCCCCCUUUUUUUUAAUUGAAUUGCAAAGCUUUACUAAAAAUCUCAGACGAACUAACCCAGGAUCUCCUGCACUUUGUUAUAGCUGCAGAUACGUUUGAUACGUUUUGUUAGGGAAACACACGAAAAGUGUUUUAGUGUCCAUUCAUUAAUAAUUAGUAUUUUAGGAUAAACCUCUUUAUGAGCCAUCUUGAGCUUCCUUCCUCGGACAACCUAAAGAAAAUCUGUCUAGGUUAAGAUAUAAUUUCAAAAUGUAUUAGACUUAGGGGUCAUAUGAUUGAUUGAGUUUGGUCGGGCGCACUGGUAAAUAUUUGACUCUGACUCUCUUUUAUUGCUUCUGAACAGAUGGAUGGAAAUAAUGGAACACAAGGAUAAGAACGGCCUUACCCCCAUGAAGCUUCUCAUAAAACACUUCCCAGAGAGUGCACAGCUGGUCAUGGAUUACUGCAUUGAUCGAUCAGAGACAGAAAGCUCCGAUGAUCCAAAUUUUACCGUUACUUGCAACCUCCGUUUCCUAGACCCCACUCCUACUGACACUACUUACUUGAGAGAAAGCCUUUUCUUUGGACCGAGCACCAUGGUGAAACACGAGCGUAGAGAAUUACUCGAUCAUCCUUUGACACAGGUCUUGCUGAAUAAGAAGUGGUCUUCUUUCGGGCGUUUGGUGUUCUUCUUUAACUUUAUGUUCUAUUUUGUCUUUGUUGUCAUGAUUACAGCUUUCUUAAUCCGAUUCAUGCAGAACGGUGACAAAGAAUUGGGAGAUUAUUUUAUUUAUGUAUAUCCAAUAGCAUUUUUACUUAUAGGCGUCCAGUUCACCAAGAAAGUUAUUGUAAUACUUGUCCAGAGGCUUCAGUAUUUCACCACUUUAAGCAAUCUCACUGAAUGGUUACUCUACAGUACGACGACUUCAUUCAUGGUGUCACUUUUCAUUUUCGAUCUAAUAUUUUCGUAA